UUUGGCUUUUGUUGAGACUUUGGAUAGGAAGGAGAACUUUUGCACAGACAGGAUCAUUGUUGUUGGAUUGUUAAGGACAUUGAUCCUGAAAUAUCUGGCUUUUACAUCAUCUGACUGUCAAAAUAACGGAUCAAUAUCGAUUUCCGAAGCCCAACGCGUUUCUUCAAAGAGAGAUGAGCUUUUUAUUUGGAAGCCGCUCGUCGAAGACGUUCAAGCCAAAGAAGAACAUUCCAGAGGGCUCGCACCAGUACGAGCUCCUGAAGCAUGCAGAGGCCACGCUGGGCAGUGGAAACCUUCGCAUGGCUGUCAUGCUGCCCGAUGGAGAAGAUCUUAAUGAAUGGGUGGCAGUCAACACUGUUGACUUCUUCAACCAGAUCAACAUGCUGUAUGGGACCAUCACAGACUUCUGCACUGAGGAAAGCUGCCCGUUAAUGUCUGCUGGACCCAAGUAUGAAUAUCACUGGGCAGAUGGCACCAACAUCAAAAAGCCAAUCAAAUGUUCAGCUCCGAAAUACAUUGAUUACCUGAUGACUUGGGUCCAAGAUCAGCUUGACGAUGAAACACUUUUCCCUUCAAAAAUAGGGGUUCCUUUCCCAAAGAACUUCAUGUCGGUGGCCAAGACGAUUUUGAAGAGACUGUUCCGUGUUUACGCUCACAUCUACCACCAGCACUUUGAUUCUGUAAUCCAGCUGCAGGAGGAGGCGCACCUCAACACCUCUUUCAAGCACUUUAUCUUCUUUGUUCAGGAAUUUAAUUUGAUUGACAGGAAAGAACUUGCACCCCUUCAGGAGCUGAUUGAGAAGCUCACAUCCAAGGACAGAUAAAUCUGCUCCUGUCAGCACAUCUUUUCCCAUUUCUGUGUACAGACAGCCUGGCUUUACUCUCUGUUUUUGACAGGUGUGUGGGAAAGUUUCCUCAGAGUUGGAAAUAGGCUGACUCAAAAAAUCCCUUGACAAGCUACAACUCAACCAUAGGUCAAGGUCACAGUGGAAUUAUACUAAAGUCUUUUUGACGUUGUCUCAAACACUAUCUAAGUGCCUGAUAUGUCCACUUUCAAAUGUUAACAUUUGUACAAAAAAACACCACUUAUUAUGCUUUUGACUUUUUAGGAGUACCAUGCGUAUUGAUGAUAAUUAGUGUUAUGUUGUUUUCUCUUGAUGGAUUUAUUUAGAUGUUUAUAGAUAAAAAUACUGAAUGAAGCAUACACUAAUUUUCACAAAUAUGAAGAGUAAAAGUCUUGGCUGUUUUUUAACUACUACUUGUGUCUCAUUAGGUAUUUGGAAAUUUUGUUUCACUUUCCGUAGUGGGACAGCUUUGUUUGCAUCCUAUUUUAUCUAGCCCUCAGUGAAUGUCCCCUUGCUUGUUGUGACACCAUUCACUGAAGAAAUGUACCUUUGGGCCUGCGGUUAUGUCAAAAUGCUUUUAUACUGUUAUGUUUAUUCUGGAAAGUACUUGUAUAUUGAUGAGCCAGACUCCCAGUGUUUCAAGGUUUGUCUGAUACAUGCUGGGAUAAAAUGAGCUGACUAUGCAAGAUUGGUAUUUCCUAUUAUUAUUUUUUUUUUGUAGAUACCCCCUUAUAUACCAGGCAUUUGAAUUCUUUUCACAGUUUUUCCAUGGAUGUCAGUGGCUACUCCAAACACAGGCCCACAAUAAACCUAAUGAAAAUUAUGCAUUUCUCUUGCUUUUUGCCCAGCUGUUCUGUGACCUAAGUAUUUCAAGCAUCCAUAAUAAAAUCUUUAACAACAAUUUAUGAGGUGAAUGAAAAUUCAACCCGUUUCAUGUCAUUUAAAAUGUGUAAAUUUUACAAUCUGCUAUAAUUUAAACUUUGUAUAUGUUUGGUCUUCAUGAAGUUUCACCCCAUGAAUGUUCAUUUAUAUGAAUGUUACUGAAAAUGUAAUUAUUCUGAAUUAAUGGCUUAAAAGAUUUUUAAACCACUCCGUUUUAAAACAGUACAAGAUUGAUCAUAGACAAAUGUACUACACAUUUUUGAGCGCAAGAUGUAUAUAAUGUAAACAGAAAGGUAUGCAAUUGGAAUAACAUGAAAUGCUUAACUUGCUGAACUUUUGUGGUACAAUGCUGAAUACUGUUUAUAGGAUAAUAAACCUUGUUUAAAAAGA